ACGCAGGCCGUAGAUAAGUUAAAAAAAAAAAAAAAAAUUAAGGUUGAAAGUUGGAACCUCCGUUGUGGUCUCUCUUUAGGGCUCACUUCUUCUAUCAGCAAAGAAAAGAAAAAAUCAAAUCUUUAUGGGGGGGUAUAAGUUUGAGGUUGUAAAUUGAAUAGGCUGGUUGGUCUGGAUUAGAGGGAUUCACAGCUGCUUGUUUGAUGGAAGAGGAAACUUCAAAGCUACCGCUGCCGGGUGCUUUUGUUGAGUUUUUGGAGGCCAAUGGGGUUGACCCUUCCAUAUACUCUGACACCGAUUCCACCCCUCGUUACAUAAGGUUGAAACCUGGAUGUGAAGCUGAAAUUGAUGAAGUUGAAGCUGAGAUAAAGUGUAAGCUUGAGAGAGUGAGUUGGUUGCCUGGUUUUUAUUCCCUUCCGCCCAAUAUUCAUAUUGCUAAUUCAAAAGCAUACCAGCAAGGGAAGAUAUACGGGAUUGAUGCAGCUUCUGGAGCUGCUGUUUCAGCUUUGAAUAUAUCAGCUGGAGAUCAUGUCCUUGAUCUAUGUGCUGCUCCUGGUGCUAAGCUUUGUCUUAUGCUGGACCUUCUUGGUGACUUGGGUUCUGCGACUGGUGUUGAUGUGUCAAGACAUCGUCUAGCAGCUUGUAGAACAAUGCUGCAGAAAUAUGCAUCAGGCAACCGAAGCCGGCUUUUUGUUGCUGAUGGGACAGCAUUUUCCCUCAUUCCUAUCAGAGUUCAACCAGAUUCUAAAUCAUGUAAAUAUAAUUAUAUAGGUGAAUCUGCAUUCGGAGAAAAGGUGGAGCGAUUCAAGGAGUGGACAUCUAGGAGAACAUGGAAAGAAAGGAAAAAAGCAGCUAGAGCAAGAGAUACUGUUGCUUUGCUUCCUGGAAUUCAACAGCCAGAGCUUAUCUUUUAUGGUAAGCACUCUGGUAUAGUUGGGCUAAGUAAAGAUGAAUUAUAUCAAACUCAUAGCGAUGGUGAUUUUUUGAGCUCUGGAUAUGAUAAGAUCCUAGUAGAUGCAGAGUGCACUCAUGAUGGUUCAAUUAAACAUAUCCAAAAAUUUGAACAGUGGGGCUGGAAAACUCUUGAACAUCGUGUAUUGCAUGCAGAGAGAACUGAUAGCCUGACUGUGCUUCAGUUAAAACUCCUAACUAAUGGAUUUAGGUUGCUGAAAGCUGGAGGGCUGCUUGUCUACAGCACUUGCAGUUUGACAGUUGCUCAAAAUGAAGAUGUGGUUGAGCAAUUCCUUAAGGAGAAUGCUUUUGCUGAGUUGCAGGAGAUAGAAGCUGCAAAAGGUUGGCCUUGUCGGAGCGGUUUGAUACCAAAAACCUUGCGUUUUGAUCCCUUGACAUCAAGAACUAGUGGACUUUUUGUUGCCAAGUUCACAAAAUUGGUCGUUUGACCAACCGGUUUGUUUUUCUUCAUUAAAUAAUUUAUUUGUCCUUAUAGCUUUUAUGGGGUCGAAGAAUUGUUUUUUCCUGUGUUACAUUCGGGGAAACAAAGAAAUGAAUAGAAAAAAAUUUUCAUGCUUCCUUGAAAAAAUCGAAUAUCUAAUUUAUACAUUACUAUUUAUUUAUUUAUUAAAUUUUCCUUGAUCAAA